GUUUCACAUAACUACAAGGAAGUAAUUAGAUUUAGGCAAAUGAAGCUCCCUUGGCCCUCCCCAUCUCCAGGUAUAUAAACUGGAGAGCUCUCGGGCAUGCAUUCAGACACGCUAGGAGAGAGCAGCGGAGAGCGUCGCGCUUCCCCAUUGCACAGACAGCAACUUCGAGCAACUGGCCGGAGGGCUCGGGACACUCGUCCGCCACCCACCCACCGCACUAGGGGUACUGCCUAGCAGGAGGAGAGGCGAAGAUGAAAAUCCUCGUCGCUUUUGCAGUGCUUUUCCUAAUUUCAGCGCAAGUAUUUGCAGAAGAAAUCGGAGCCAAUGAUGAUCUGAAUUACUGGUCUGACUGGUCCGACACUGACCAACUCAAGGAGGAGCUGCCCUUACCCUUGGAACACUUUCUGCAGAGAAUUGCCAGGAGACCCAGACCCCAGCAGUUCUACGGGUUAAUGGGCAAACGAGAUGCUGGAUAUGGCCAAAUCUCUCAUAAAAGGUAUAAAACAGACUCCUUUGUUGGACUUAUGGGCAAAAGAUCUUUAAAUUCUGGGUUCUCUGAAAAGAACACAGCACAGAAUUACGAACGAAGGCGUAAAUAAGACAUUCCUAUGUAUUUAUUAAACGUCAUUUGUUUAAAUGGCCAAUGCAGUGUAAUAUAAACUAUCCACUGUAAGGACUAAUUAUUUAAUAGUUGUUGGUUUUUUGAGUUGUAAAUUCAAUAAAAUGAUUAUUUUUCAUAGUGUGGCAGCGAUACGUGUUGUAUAAGUGUGUUUUAGGUCUAAAACGAAGACUCCCCAUGGAACUGAAAUCAGUGACAUUUCACAACAAAGCACAUUAUUUGAAAUGACCUGUAAAGAUAUGUUCACCAAAUAACAAAAAAAGGAAAUAAAAUUAUUUUGUUAAUUUAAAGCAAUCUUAUCCGCUUCACUACCAGUGCAGAACAGAACUGCUGUACAGUCUAGUGCCUCAAUUUCUUUCCAUGGUUUAAAAUGUACUGUAAUUUUCAUAUCAAAAAUAUAUUUGUAUCAUUGCAGCAUGUUUUAUGUUUUGUGACUGCGUAUAUAUAUAUAUAUCUAUUUAAACAAAAGAGGUUUGAAUGUGAAUCCAAAGUCUUCAGUUCAUAGUCUGAAAUUUUAUGAUAGUAACAUUUUAAAUAAAAAAUACUUUUGGGAUUUUGCAACAUA